CAACCCAUCACAAAAUAACCGUAGAAGAAGAACGCGAAGCUCCAGCAACGAAGAAGUUAUUUUUCCCCCCUUUCUAGUAAAAAUCAACAUUAUUGAAGACUAUUUUUACUGUAAUCUUAUUCCACAUCAAAUCAGCUUAGUUGCACGCCACGUUAAGGAAGCAAUCUUGCAUUAUUCGGUGCCAUUGUAUGGUGCCCCAUCAUCGCGUUUACGGAUGAAAAUCAGCUAGCAGGAUACAGUAUUUGUAUUCAUUGUGUGAAGGAUGCCGCUCGGGCUGAAGCCAUGUUGCACCGUCUGCAAGACCAACUCGUCGUCCAUGUGGAAGAAAGGGAACCAAGGAGAUAUCUUGUGCAACAAUUGUUCGGUGAAGAGCAGCACCAGUCCUGGCGGCGGCGGCGGCGGCAGCGGCCCGUCGGGAGUCUCCACGUCGUCCAGCAUUCAGCCCAGCAAUGGUGGAGGCAAGCAGUCAAAGCAGGAGAUCCACAGGCGGUCGGCACGCCUACGGAGCACCAAAUACAAAGCCCCUGCUUCCGAGAAGAAAGUGUCCACCAAAGGCAAAGGAAGGAGACACAUUUUUAAACUCAAGAAUCCAAUCAAAGCACCCGAAUCAGUCUCCACAAUCAUCACAGCCGAGUCCGUCUUUUAUAAGGGCGUGUACUACCAGAUCGGCGACGUGAUCAAAGUGACGGACGAGGAGGACGGGAAGGCGUACUACGCCCAGAUACGAGGCUUUGUUCAGGACCAGUACUGCGAGAAGAGCGCCGCGCUCACGUGGCUCAUUCCCACGCAGGCCAGCCCCAAAGACCACUUUGAUGCCGGCACCUACAUUUUGGGUCCGGAAGAGGACCUGCCCCGGAAAAUGGAGUACCUGGACUUUGUGUGUCAUGCGCCGUCAGAGUACUUUAAGUCGCGGAGCACGCCGUUCCCCACCGUCCCCGUGCGUCCGCAGAAAGGUUACAUCUGGACGCACAUUGGACCCACGCCUGCUCUUGCCGUCAAAGAGUGCGUAUAGCACAGUUGCACUUUUAACCAGCAGGGACUUUGAUCUAUUUGUACAGUUUCUGGUAUGUGGUAAUUAUGUUUAUAUAUGUAAAAAAAAAAAAAA